AUGGCGAAAAAGAGAAAGCUACAACAAUUGGCUCAGGCCGAACCUGCGGCUGUGGUGAAGGCAACCUCGAAAAAGGGAAAGAAAAACAGCGAGCAGCCCUCAACAUCGAAGGAAGUUGCCGUCGAAAUUCCAAGAAAGAAAAAGAAGCUGCCGGAAGCCGCUCCUCCAGCAGAAGAAGCUGAAUCGGAAGAACCGUCUGAACCUGAGGAGGAAGUUUCGGAUGAAGACGAAGAUGAGAGCGAUGAGGAGCUAUUUGCCGAACAGACUGGCGAGUUCGAAGCGUUUCCUAUGGAAGAGGAUGACCGCGACGGUAUCGUAAAUAUGCUCACGCAGAUAUUUUUGCAUGCCGAUCUGGAUCUUCGCAAGGUUGCCGAGGCCAUCAUCGCCCAAUCUCCGUUUGGUUCGGUGAUCGGACCCGCCGAAUCGUCUGCCGACGACGAAACGGCGAACGUCGUUUAUGGAAUUCUGACGGCUCUGCCUUUCACCACGGAGGCGACCGCUGAGAUUCAGAAGUUCAUCCUCACUCGAGCCAAGAAGAACGCUUCGAAGCACAUACUGGAAAAGUUUGAAGAGGCUUUGCAGAAGCCCUGUCACUGGUUGAUCAACGAGAGAAUGUUGAACUUCCCGAAAGAGAUCGCCGCACCGAGCUUCGCUGCUUUCCAGGAGGACGUCUCAAAGAUGAAGGACCAGCCGACGAAUUUCAUCUACAUCCAAAAGCUGCGAGUCGCUGAUUCCACAGCUCCGAAGCCGGUGGUCUCUAAUCGAAAAAUGGGCAAAGCUGAGAAGAAGCGCCUCGCCGCAGCCGCUCUCGAGAGCGCUGAAAUUGAAUACGAUUGCUUUGAAGACGAUCUGUUGCUGAAGUUGCAACAAGGCAACGCGUACUUCUACGAAUACAAUGUGCAGGGCGAGAUCGAAGCCGGUAGCAAAUUUGCGAAUCAGCACUUGUUGGAUGAGCGCCGAUACAUCGGCCAUACUCAUCCGGCUAGAGGUCAAAAAGAACUCGAAGCGCAUCCGUUUCUCGGAGGAUUCCACACCUCUUACAAAAGGCAACGCCUUUCGCAUCUGGAAAAUAUCCGUUCAGGGGCCCAGAAAACACCGAAGCGUCGGCCUAACCGAGAAAUGAAGAAACGCAGCCCUCAGCUGGGAAAUGCUAAUGAUGCGCCUCUACCUCCGCCAACUUUGAAAUAUCACCAAGAUGGUGCCCCGCGGAACCCAGAUUCAAAUUUCCACGGUCGACGCACAUAUUCUGAAGUUGUUGUCGAGCACUUUGACAGCGCACAACUGCACGAGCUUUCUCCACCUGAAUCUUCAACUCGUAGUCAGAGUGAACCUGUUGCAGACCCAGAAAGCCUAUCCUAUUACUCUGGCAAUCCAUUCAUUGAGAAGACUGAAGGGAUACUACAUUUCUACAAAUACAACGAUGAGGCCCUCGCCCGUGAAUCACAGUCGAGAAUGUUGUGCAUGCUCGGAGUUCCCAGCCAGGUCACUGCACGCGAGCUGAUCUCCUUCAUUCGACCCUCAAUCGAAUCGAUCGAAAAUAUGAAGAUUGUCAGGGACUCGACACCGAACCAAUAUAUGGUCAUCAUCAAGUUCAAGUCUCAUCACGAUUGCGUCAUUUUCUAUGAAGAGUACAACGGCCAAGAAUUCAAUUGGGUCGAUGCGCAUCGCUGCACAUUAUUAUUUGUCAACCGAAUUGAGACGGCUGAUGACGAGUCCGAUCGGGUCGAGAUGACCAAAAUGGCGGAGCUGCCCACCUGCGCGGUGUGUCUUGAGAGGAUGGAUGACGGAGUGCUGUCGAUUUUGUGCAAUCACACUUUCCACGCGACUUGUCUGCAGAAAUGGACGGAUACAACCUGUCCAGUAUGCCGCCAUACUCAAACCCCGGAGCUGGUAGCGGAUCAACGAUGCACGGACUGCGGCUCCUCGUCAGAUCUGUGGAUUUGUCUGAUUUGUGGAAAUAUUGGUUGUGGCCGCUACGCCGAUGCACACGCUUAUCGACAUUUCGAAUCUACUUCCCACACAUUUUGCCUACAAGUUGGUGGCGAGCGCGUGUGGGACUACGUCGGCGACAAUUAUGUCCAUCGCCUCAUUCACUCCAGCGAUUCUGGGAAGAUUGUGGAAUAUCAACGAGGCGGGAUGUCUGAGGGCGAGAAGGAUGGGAAGCUCGAUUCGCUGAAUAUAGAAUACACCGUGCUGCUAACUUCCCAGCUCGAUGCGCAGCGGGAACAUUACGAGGCCAAACUUACCGAAGAGCAGCGUAAAGGCAGCAAUUUUGAGAAAAUGGCUCUGGCACAGAUGGACGACCUGGAAGAACAACUGAAACGGGCCGUCAGCGAAUGUAAUAACCUGCGCGAACAGCUUUCUCAAGGACAAGCCUCGAAAACGGCGCUUGAGAAGAAGUGCCAGGCCGCGCAAACCCGUCUGAAUAAGGCGGUAUCGGAGCUGGAAGAGGAACGAUCGUUGAACGCUGCUCAUCGAGCCGAUCAUCAUAAAUGGGUGGAGAAAGUGGUGGUGCUGGAAAAGGAGAAGCAGAAGCAAUCGGAGGAAAUGGCUGAAUUACGGUCCCAAAUCAACGACCUGAUGAUGCACUUCGAGGCGCAGACAAGAAUCCAGGAGCAGCUUGAUGGAAACAAAGUGACCAGUGAGGAAGUCGAAGAAGCCCAGCUCGGCGUCGCCCAGUCGCCAGCCAAGGGAGCUCAACGCAAGAAGCGCUCCGGCCGCAAA